GUGCUCCGCCCGCCGGACGCUAGGGAGCAGCGGCGGCACGGGACGACGCCAGGAUGGGCCGGACGGUCGUGGAGCUGUUUUACGAUGUGAUCUCCCCGUACUCCUGGCUGGCAUUUGAGGCUCUCUGCCGGUACCGGCACAUCUGGAAUAUUGACCUGCGCUUCCGGCCAGCUUUCCUUGGUGGCAUAAUGCAACAAACUGGUAACAAGCCACCAGCAAUGUUACCAAAGCGAGGCGAAUACUUGCUGAAGGAUAUGAAAAGGAUGGCAAAAUACUACCAGGUGCCUCUACGCAUGUCUGCAGAUGCCUUCCAGCAUAUCAUGGGCACAAGCAGUCUGACGGCCAUGCGCUUUAUCACAGCCAUUGACAUGACAAACCCACAGUACUUGGAACCCUUAUCUAGGGAGUUCUGGAUUCGGUUUUGGUCACAGCAUGAAGAUAUCACUCAGCCAAAGAACCUACUGGCUGUUGCCCAACAGGCUGGGCUCUCCGCAGAGCUCUCCCAGAAGGCACUUGAAAUGAUUUCAUCUGCUACAGUGAAGGACCGACUGAAAGAGACAACAGCUGAAGCACUGAAAUACGGGGCAUUUGGGAUGCCUGCUGUUGUGGCACAUUAUGAUGGGGAACCUCAUCUGUUUUUUGGCUCGGAUCGUUUAGAGCUGCUAGGCAGCUUUAUAGGUGAAAAAUGGCUGGGACCAGUUCCAAGCCCCAAGCUGUGAAAAGUCCUGGGGAAAUAUAUAGGAAGGAAAAUAUAUAUGUCAAUCUUCAGUGAUUAUCUGAAUGUAUUAAAUUUUAUGGAAAGAUGGCUUUCUCAUCCUUAACACUUUA